AUGAUAACUACAAAGAGAAUCUCAACCGGCCGAGAGAAGUUAAGACGAAAUAAUGAAGUAUAUGGUGAAGAAAAUGAAUCUAGUGAUAGUCAAUCUGAUGUUGACAAUAUUCUGGAAAGUGAAAAAGCAUCAAUAAAGCGUUUUCUAAAUGCUAAAUUUGAUAAAUUUAAUGAAAUAAUUAAUCAAGCAUCAAAAAAAGUUGAGAAAUUGAAAAAAACAGUUCUAAAACAUAAACUCGCAAAUAAUGAAUUAACAAGAAAGAAUUUAGAUUACGAAAAUACUUUAAAAAUACAACAAGAUCAAAUAUCAAAAAUUGAAGAAACGAUCAAAGAAAAGGUUUAUAGUGUUCUAGAAAGUGAUUUUCAAUGUUCAAUUUGUAAUGAAUUAAUGGUUAAGGCGUGUACAAUUAAUUGCAGCCAUACAUUUUGCGAAAUUUGUUUAAAUACUUGGUUGAGAGAAAGUAAUGAGUGUCCUCUUUGUCGAACUUCAGUUCAAACCAAAACCCUAUGCCUAUCUAUGGAUAAUUUUAUUACUAAUAUUUGUAAUCUUCUUGGGAACGCAAUACAAGAACAUCGGGAAAAAAUACAACAAGAAAAAUUGGCAGUUUAUGUCCCACGAGUACCACAAAUGGCUCGGAGAGGUCGUAGAAGAAGAGGUAUACGUCGAAAUAUAUAACCUGCACAUGUGUCAAUGAGAAAUAGUGCAAAGAAUUCAUGAAGUAAAUUUAUUAUUAUUAUUAUGAGUAUAAUGUUCACCAAAUCGUUUCCACUGGCACCAACACCGCCAGCGACGACGUUUCCUCCGAACGGUCCAGCAUUACCAACAUCAAUGUCCACCGCGCGAACAAUUUCAAUCUACACGGUGCCGACUUCUAUUGUUACAAUUCAGGAUAACUCGGCUACGGAACCUGACGUGUUGUGUACGCGAUCCAUACAUACAUAUGCGUUGUAAGAAAUAUUUGAAAAAGUGAACGAAUUAAUACCGUCUCACAUUCCAUAACCACAAUAGUUGUACAGUAAGGUUGUGUGUUUCUUAACUGUAAAAUAAAAUAAAGUUUCUUUACAAUAUAAAAUUUAUGUUACUGUAAAUUAAGCUCUAUAAUGUCAUUAAGUAAUAGUGAGGUUUGUUAUAAAUGUAAUCUUGGAUUUCCCGAACUUGAUUAUCCUAUCAAAUGUGAUGGCUGCAAAUUGUCUCUACAUAACAAGUGUUCUGAUUUAGCAGUGAGUGAAAUUAAAUGUCUAACAUUAAAAAAUCGUAGUUUGAAAUUCUUUUGUGUAGCUUGUAAUAAUGGUUUUAGUGAACUCCCCGAACUGAAAUUAAUUAUUAACCGUUUAUUUACUGAAGUAAACGAUCUUAAAACUCAAAAAGACAUGUUUAUACAUCAGAAAAUUCUGAAGAGUUCAUAAUCAACGAAAUAAGUGAGCGUAACAUGAGAGCGUCAAAUUUAAUUCUAUACAAUGUGCCAGAGUCCAAGUCAGAUAACAUAACUGAUAGAAUUGUGCAAGACUCUAAUUUGGUAUGUAAUGUUAUCAGUUCAAUAAGUAGUGGUGAAAAUAUUAUUAAACCUUUAAAAGUUAUCCGAUUGGGUAACCGUGACCAGAAUAAUACUCGCCCGAUAAAAGCUCUAUUUGCUUCACCAACUGAAGCGUUUGAUAUCUUAAAAUCUAAGAAAAAAUUGUUAUCAUUACAACCGCCUUCUAUUAUUCGAAUCAGGUCGGACCGCACGCUGCAUCAAAGGAUUUAUAUGAAAAAACUCCGCUGUGAAUUGGAGACUCGUAAAAAUAAUGGCGAAUCUGAUCUAGUUAUUAAAUAUGUGAAAGGAAUACCGAAAAUUGUUAUACAAAAUAACUGUUCAGUGAAUCUCCGAAAUGAUAAUUUUUUAUAAUUAAUAUUUUUUUUCAAAAUGUUCGUGGUCUAUUAACAAAGAUAAUUUUUUUACGAAAUGCCUUAUUAAAUGUGAAUUAUGAUAUAGUUUGUUUAAAUGAAACAUGGUUAAAUUAUAAUAUUUUUGAUGCGGAACUUGGUUUUAAUAAUUAUAAUUUAUAUAGAGAUGAUCGUAAUUUGUCGUACGGUAAACUGCGUGGUGGUGGUGUGUUAAUUGCAAUAAAUAAAAAAAUAUGUUGUGAAUUAUUAAAAGUUCCUCUUGUAACUGGAAUCGAACAAUUAUUUUUAAAAUUCACUGUAAAUAAAAUAAAAAUAGUUUUAGGUUGUGUGUAUAUUCCACCUGAUGCAACUAUUGAAAUGUAUUCUAAACAAUGUGAUGUUAUAGAAUCUAUAUUUUUAACUAUCCUGAUUACCAUUUUAUUAUUACUGGUGAUUUUAAUUUAAAUAGCUACGAUUGGUCUAUCGACUCAAGUAUUCAAGGUAAUGUCUCUGGAGAUAUACUAUAUAAUUCUUUUGUAAAUCUUUUAAAUUUAAAACAAUGUAAUUACAUUAAAAACUCUUUAGGUCGUACUCUUGAUUGUAUAUUUCUUAGUUCUGAUGUAGAACUUACUUCCAUUGUUCAUUCAUCUGAAUCCCUUGUUCCAAUAAUUGAUGAUUUUCAUCCUCCUUUAGAGUUAAAUAUAAAAUUUACUGAUCCUUUUUACAAAAUUCUUAUGAACUUCCACUAGUGUAUAAUUUCAAAAAUUGUGAUUUCAAUAAAAUUUCUCUUUUUCUAUCUAACAUCGAUUUUGAACUUAAUCUAGACAAUACUUUAACU